GAAGCUGUCGAUUGGUUUGAUUGAUUGAUAAACAUGUCAUCAUGUCUUGAAACAAUAAAUGGAUACAAUUCAAACGAUGAAAUUAUCGAGAAUCAUUGGAGGAAUACCACCACCACCACCACCACCUCCUACGCAAUUAUUAUCGAAUAAUAAUGUUGUUGACAACAGCAACAACAACAACGACGCUGCCAAUAAUGAUUUAUUGUUGUCAGCAUCAACGACAACAACGGCGACAAAAACAUCCAAUAGAAAUUUAAAUAAUUCUUCUUCUACUUCUUCAUUACUUGAUCUUUCAUCAUCAAACGUUACAUCGUUAACAACAUUAUCGAUGACCACAACGGCAACAACGAUAAUGUCAUCGUUAGCGAAUAAAAUUAUUGCCAAUCAUCAUCAUCAUCAAAAUAAUCACCACCAUCAUCAUAACCAUCAUCAUCAUCAACAGAAUUAUUCUCAUAUUGAUUUCAAUAAUCCAUCAUUCCUGACGAAUAAUCAUCAUCAUGGUCAUGGUCAGAAUCAUGACAAUGUUGUUCAUUCAAAUCUAACAAACACUAAUACUGUUAUUCAACAAACUAAUAAAUUAUCAUCGUCGACGACAACAUUGAAAUCGCCAAUCAACCAUAAUAAUAUUCACUUUAAUAAUGAUAAUAAUACGGGCACUAUCAAUACUACGAUCUCAUCAUCAUCAACGAAUGGAUCUCAGAACCAAGAAUCGUUAAAUAAUACAAAAAGAUUGCCAUCAUCAACAACAACAACAACAAAUUAUGAAACAAAUACACAACAUUUUGUACAUGAAUUAUUGAAACCAUUUUUUCAAAAUCAUUCAUUUCAACAACAAAUUCAACAACAAAUUAUUGAUAAUAAUAAUAAAUCUUCAUUACCAUCAACGACAACAACAACAAUGAUCUCAGAUGAUAUAAAUCCUGGAACAAAUGUUGCUAACAAUUUACUGUAUAUGGAUCAUCGUAAAUUGAAUCCAAAUUUUACUGAUUCAUUGAAUCAAUUUUCUCAAUCAAAUGAUUAUGUUCAUCACCAUCAUCAUCAUUCAGUGUUAAAUAAUAAUAAUAAUCAUACAGGACAGCUACCGAAUAAUUCCAAUAUUUAUCUGAAUGGAUAUCAACAACAACAACAACAACAACAAUCAUCAUUAUCAUCGUCAUCAACAACAACAACAACAACAACAGAUCAGAUUCAAAAUGAUCAUGGUUGCAUAUCGCCAACAGAAAUGUUAACAAAUUAUUCAAGAUUUAAUCAUAAUAAUAAUGAUGAUGGUGAUAAUAAUAAACAAACAGAAUUAUCAAUUGAUCAAACAAAACCACCAACAAAAGCACAACGUGGACGAAAAAAAUCUAAAAAAGGUCCAUUCAUUUGUUUGGAAUGUCGUAAAGAAUUUUGUAAUCAAAGUACAUUAACCAAACAUAUGAUAACACAUAGUGAUGAAAGAAAAUUUAUUUGUCAACAAUGUAGUAAAGCAUUUAAACGACAUGAUCAUUUGAAUGGUCAUAUGUUAACACAUCGUGAACAAAAACCAUAUGCAUGUGAUUUGGAUGGAUGUGACAAAUCAUAUUGUGAUGCCCGAUCAUUACGACGACAUAAAGAAAAACAUAAAGAAAAUAAUAAUGUUUCGGAACAAUUUUCCAAUCAACAAAUUAUUGAUUCAAAUUCAAAUUUAACAAAUAAAUCCAAUAAUAAUAACGAAGAUCUCUAUCAUCAUAAUCAAAAUCAUUUACCGAUAAAAGCAUCAACACAUUUACAAUUUUUAGCAUUACAGCAAAGAAAAAAUCAUCUUGAUCAUUCAACAACUGAUGAUAAUAAUGAUAAUGAUAAUGGUCAUAUACAAAUAUCAUCAUCAUCAUCCGCUCAUCGAAUUAGAGUGACGGACGAAUCAUCACCACCAUCGUUGAUUGAAAACAAUAAUAAUAAUAAUAAUUUACAUUUACAGCAUCAGCCACCGACACAUCUAAAUCUUUCGAUGAAUGAAAAUGCAUUAUUGCAUCAAUUGUUGACGAAUAAAUCAUUGUUGAAUGAUUCUUCAUUAACCAUUGUCAAUAAUAAUAAUAAUACUGAUGAUAAUCAUCGUCAAUCAAUUAUACAGAAUAAUAAUAAUAUACCGGUUAUCAAGAUUAAUGAUAAUUAUAGUAAUGAUCAUCAUCAACAUCAUCAUCAUCAACAACAAUCAACAGCGACGACCACAACGACCAUGACAACAUCAUCAACGAUAUCCACAACAACAACAACGAUGAUGGUAGAUCGAAAAAUUCUCGAAGAAUCGAACAAUAAAACAAUCGAUACAUCGAUCGAAUGUUCAUUUUGUUUGAAAAAAUUCGAAUCAAUUGAUAUAUUGAAUGUACAUUUGUUGAAAUUACAUCAACAACAAAAUCAUCAUCAUCCUCAUCAAGAUCUUCAUCAUGAUCUCAGAAUAUCGAAUCCAUUUUUAUUUCAACAACAACAACAACUAAAUCAUCAUCAUCAUCAUCAGCCACAAUAUGAAAUGAAUUUGAAAAAUUAUGAACUCGAAAUUGCUAAAAAUUUUGCCAAUAUUUACAAUAAUCAUCAUAAUGAUCAUCAUCAACAACAACAACAACAACAAAUUCUGAAUUAUCCACCUCAACAACAACAACAAUCGACAAGCAAUGAUAUUUUGGAAUUUCGAAACAUUUUUCAUCAUCAUUCAUCACAACAGCAAUCAAAUUCACAAUUCCUGAUGACAACAUCCGGUGAUGAUUUAAAUUAUUCAAUGAAUAUAACCACCGAUAAUGAAUUAUCACAACAACAACAACAACAAUCUAUUAAUCAACAGCCACCAACACAACAACAACAACAACAAACUAAAGGUUUAAAUGAAGUAAUGUUUUCACCGAUUACACCGGUUACACCAUUGAAAAAUGGUUCACAAUUUACAUUUGAAUUUCCCAACAACAACAACAAUCAACAAUCGUUACAAUCUGAUAAAGAUUCGAUUGUUGCUUCGGUUGCUCAAACAACGGAUCAUCAUCAAACAGCUAAAACAACAACUACAAUCAUUACCGAUUAUGUUCAAACAUUGGAUGAAACAGAUUUCGAAUGUUUUGAUACUGAAAAGAAUGAUAAUAACAAUGAUGAUGUUGAUUUAUUAAGACAACAAAACAAAUCUGCAACAGAUAUUGUGGAAAAUUUUGUCGAUCAUCAUCAAAAUGAACAGGAAUUUUUUACGACAACAACAACAACAGUAAAACAUGAUGAUGGCAAUGAUGAUAGUGUGAAAAUACAAUCAUCAUCAACAACGCCAUUCAAUAGUUUUGAUUUACCAUCAAAUAAAUUGACCAGUGAUCUAUUCAAUCGUCGAAUACAACGUAAUAUUAAUAAUGAUGAAAAUAAUAAUAAUAUAAAUCGAACGAAAGAAUUGCUUAGUAUUAAACAAAUUGCAGCCAGUUUAGAAUCAUUUAGUCAAAAUUAUGAACGAAAUCAACAACAACAACAACAACAAAUGAUUCAUUCAUAUUCGGUUCCAACAACACCAUGUCAAAUUAUACAGAAUAAUCAUCAUCAUCAACAACAUAUAAUACCCGGUGCUCAUCAUAAUCAUAAUCUUAAUAAUAAUAAUCAUAAUCAUAAUGAUGAUGAUAAUGAAUCAUAUCAACAAUCAUUUUAUCAUCAUCAUCAUCAUCAUCAUCAUCAUCAUCAUAAUCAUCAUCAACAAAUGUCACAUCAUCAUUCACUGCCCACAACACCUAUUGAUCACGGUGCUCAUCAUCAUCAACAACAACAACAUUUUACCUUUAAUACAGAUUCUAUUUAUCAACAACAACAACAACAACAACAGAUAGCAUCAAUGUCAAAUGAUGCAGUAAUGAAUGACAAUGCGACAACAACAACACCAACAACUAAUCAUCAAUUUAAUUUCAUUUUUCCGGAUGAAACAUCAGCAACACCAGCAACAACAACAACAACAACAACAACGAUACAAUUGAAUGAAGAUCCAAAUGUUAACAACAAUGAAUUAAUAGAUUCUACAAGAAAUUUUGAUAUUGAUAAUUGUCUUGAUGAUGAUGAUUUUUCUUUAUUUAACCAAACAAAUCCUGCAGUCAAUAAAGAAAACAAUAUUGAACAACAAAUUUUCCGUUUGGAUCCAAAUCAAUCCAAUCAUACAUCGAAUAUUCAAUUUAAUGAUAAUUCUCAAUCAAUCAAUAAUCAAGGUGUUACACAACCAUCAAAUGAAGAAGAAAAUCUUCAAGAAAAUGAUUAUUUUCCUCAUUCAUCAUUAUCAACAACGUUCGGAUAUGAUAAUGGUUGUAGUUCAAAAUCGAAUAACAAUAUUGUUCAAUUUAUAACAUCGACAUCGACAACCGAAACGAUUAAAGAAUCAAUGAUGAUGGUCGAUGAUGAUAAAAAAAUCGAAAAUCAUCAUUCAAAUGAUGAUAAUUAUCAUGAAAAAAUUGAUGAUACAAUAAUGCGUGAUAUAAAUGAUAAUUAUGUUAUUGCAAAAAGUGAAAAGAAAACCGAACAAAUUGAUCAGGAUUUAACAAUUUCGAAACAAUCCUGGAAUGAUAAUAAUAAUCUAUAUCCUCGAAUUAAAUCACCCAAUAAUUUUAUUCGAUCAUUGAAUAAAAAACUUUCAGCUAUAAGUAAUGAAUAUAACGAUUCAUUGGCCGCAAUUCCAAUACCACCACUACCGCCACCACCAACAACAACAACGAUAAAGAAAAAACGUCCACGACCUGAACCGUUAUAUAUUCCACCACAUGUUAAUACAACAUUUGUUUAUCAUUCUAGACUUCGAUCUCCACGUCUUUGGAAUACUGGUGGUUUAGGUGUUGGUGGUGGUUCGAUUAUAAAACCAUCGUUUCCUCAUCAUAAUGAUUAUAAUCAUCCAAUUUCUCCACCACCAUAUACACCUCCACCAAUGUUAUCACCGGUUCGAUCUGGUUCCGGUUUAUUCUGGAAAAUUAACAAUAAUGUCAACAACAACAAAUUAGCUCCUUAUUCGAAUACAAGUCAAUUUUUUAACAAUAAUAAUCAAAAUAAUAAAAAAAUGAUCAUUAUUGAUACGUUGAAAGAAAAUCAGAAUAUGAUCAAUGAAACAACAAUAGUAGCAACAAUGAAUGAUUUAAAAACACCGACAACUGCAUAUGAAGAAUUAGUUGAAUUGGAUGAUAUACCGACUACCGAUAUACAACCACAUGUUAAUAUUGGUCCACAAUUUCAAGCUCGUAUACCGACAUUCAAUCCAAAUCGAAUAAAAAUGAUUAAUAAUAAAUCCGAUCGUGCUGUAUUGAUUUGGAAUCCAACCAUAUUGGAUGAUAAACAAAUCGAUAAUGAAUCAUUGGAUCUUUAUUUUAAAAUAUCCUGUUCAAUGUGUGUAAAUGGUCAUGGUAAUAAUAAAGAAUAUGCAUUACAUUUAUUAUAUGAUUGUGGUGGUGAUUUAAUCAAAGCAAUGUCUAAAUUGAUACAAAUUAAACCAACUUUAUCAUAUGAACAUCCAUUACAUGAUUAUUAUUAUGCAAAUCACGAUGUAUGGAAUGAAAAUGAAAUCAUUUUGUUUCAGAAAAGUAUUCUCAAAUUUGAUAAAGAUUUUUUUCUUAUCGCUGAUGAGAUCAAAACCAAAUCAGUUAAAGAAUGUGUACAAUUUUAUUAUUUAUGGAAAAAAAAUUCAAUCGAUCAUUUUAAACGUUUACGUAUAUUAAGACGAAAACGUGAAUCAAUGUUUUAUGAUUUGGAUAGUAAUAAAUCACAAACCAAACAAAUCAAUGAUGAUGUUGAUGAUAAUUCGAAUGAUGAAACAAUGACAAACAAUAGUAAAUCAACAUCAUCAUCAUCAUCGAAAAUGUAUCAUUGUAAAGUAUGUGGUAAAAAAUUUCGUAAUCUAAAAUCACGAUCAGCUCAUAUGCGAGUACAUAUUUAAUUUGAUUUUGAUUAAUCAAUCAAUCAAUCAAUUAAUUCUAAUCCAAUCCGAUGAUCUCGAAAAGAAUGUGUUUAUGUUUAUUUUUUUUUUGAAAUUAGUGCCUUUCCAAAUAAUUAUUUUCUUUCUUACACACACACACACACACAAAGAACAUUUCCUUCUUACCUGUUGAUUAUACUCAUUAUUGUUGUUGCUGUUAUUUUAUCCCAAAUGUUUUUCUUUCUCUGGUGCCAAUUAUUUUACCUAAAAAAACAAAAACAAAAAAAUUUUAAACUAACCAAAAACCAAUUAAGCUUUCCCUAAAUUUUAUCAUUCUCAAAAACAGCACACACUAACUAACACUAACUAACACACUCAUCACAUUAACACUUAUCAAAUGUGUCCUCAAAAAAAUUCAAAAAAAUUUAGAAUUGAUAAUUUUUUAAAAUUUUGUUCCAACCAAAAAAAAGAAAAGAAUUGUAUUUUUUUCCAUUGUUAUUGUAUUGC